AGUGAUCCAAAACAUUUUAUCUCCUUACCACGAACUGCUGAAGCAGCUAGACUAGCCGGGUAAGUGCUGGGUGGACUAACGGAUUUCUGCUGAAUAGAAAGGUAUUGUUCAUGCUCUAAAUAAUAGUUCCAGAAUUUGUUCGUGAACGUAAAGUGAUAUAACGAUUGCUGUUAGCUUUUUCCCCUCCAACCAAUCUCUCCAAAAAAAUAGAGAAAAAAGUAAUACAAAUUAGAAGGAUCAAAUUCUUACCUAAGAUUAUAAAACAUAUAAAAACAAAUUUCCACGUAAACAUAAGAAUAACUGCUUACUUUAGCAAAACAUGGGCACAUUGAUUGACAAAGCUUAAGAUCCCCUGGACCAAAUGGAUUUCUGUAAAUUGGCUCACAUUUUCCGUUGUCUUCCAAAUAUAAGCAAUCAUUUCAAAUUUUUUCAUAUAACCUUUCAAUUGUCCAUUCCUUCAAAUAUUUUUUUAUACAAAUACUUUUAGCAGCUGGUGCAUCAAUAUGUGUGCCCUUUAUGAUCUUUGCUCAGCUUAACCAUUUUGUUUAGCUCAACAAUCGAUAUUUUGUUUGUUUUGUAUGGUCUAUUUGAGCUCCUACAUCAGUAAUUUCCCGACCGUCUGACAUAUUACAUUCUAUUUUGGGGGCGUGCUAACGCCCUUUCAUGGCCCCGCUAAAGCCCUUUCAUGGCCCUGCUAACGCCCUUUCAUGUCCCCGCUAACUCCCUUUCAUGGCCCAGCUAACGCCCUUUCAUGGCCCCGCUAACGCCCUUUCAUAGCCCUGCUAACGCCCUUUCAUGGCCCCGCUAAUGCCCUUUCAUGGCCCUGCUAACGGCCUUUCAUGGCCCUUUCAUGGCCCUGCUAACGCUCUUUCAUUGCCCCGCUAACGCCCUUCAUGGCCCCGCAAGCACUUUAUAGUGGAGCUGCAUCUGCUCAUUACUAUCGGGCACUCGGCUAGCAAGUGCACCACUGUCUCCGGCGCCUGACCUCAAUGACGGCAGCUUGGGUCCAUAAGAGGGUGUAAUCUUUUCAAGUAGCUUGGAGUAGAAUGGUAUUAUUUUCUUAUCUUGGUGAAGAGGCACUGCGUUCUUGUUUUAAUUUCCACCAUUUAUCCCCUUUUUCUGUUUGAGUGUGGUAUGUCCCAUUACAGUUGACUGGCAUUGUCCCCAUUCUCCUUCUUUCCACACUCUCCUUAAAAGGUUUUUUUUAACCAAGCUGAAUACCUCCAGUUGUGUCAUGCAACUGUUUUUUUGUGUGUCUUGGCAGAUCAUUGCCCUUCUAGAAAGUCAGGCAUUUUGUUCUGGUGUAAUCUCACGUGUCUUGGUUCUAUUGAGGGACGAUUCUGCCGUUAUGUGAAUCUAUGUAUUGUACUGCGUCUGUUAUUUUUUGCAAUUUUCUUGUCCAAGGUCCCCUUCUCACAGCCUCUUAUGAUCCCAUUUUCACAUUCUUUAAUGACCCCUUUCUCACAGUAUUUAAAGACUCCCUUCUCACAGCCCCUAAUGACCACCUUCUCACAGCCUCUAAUAUCCCCCCAUCUCAAAGCCUCUAAUGUCCCCCCCAUCUCACAGUCUCUAAUGUCCCCUUCACACAGCCUCCAGUGACCCCCUUCCCAGAGCCUCUAGUGACCCCUUCCCAGAGCCUCUAAUUACCCCCUCCCAGAGCCUCUAGUGACCCCCUUUCCACAGCCUUUAAUCAUCUGUAAGUUGGCACAUACUACGAUGACAGGAAAUGUUUCAUCUAGCUAAUUUGCAGUGCAAUUAUUUCAGAGCCAUCAAGUGCAUAUUCGAUUUCUGCAUCUAUAAUUUGGCUUCUCUUGCUUUUUGAGUACAUUAGAAAAAUAUUUAGCACUUUUCGGCACAGAAACCCUCAGUGUAAUUAGGUGUUUAUUUUUCUGGUAAAUUGUUUCGUUUAUCCAUGAUGGAGAGAUUAUCUAGCAAUUGCUAAGCCUUUAUUCAGUACGAAAGGUUUAAGUUUUCCCACACACUAACCCAGUUUAACUUUUUUGCUUGGCAGAUUUUGUGUAGCCAACCCUUUAUACGCAGCUCGUGCUGCCGAUGUUGUCAUUUUGGCGUCUUUCCUCCCUGUUUUUACCCUUUUAGCCAACCCUUUAUACGCAGCUCGUGCUGCCGAUGUUGUCAUUUUGGCGUCUUUCCUCCCUGUUUUUACCCUUUUAGCCAACCCUUUAUACGCAGCUCGUGUUGCCGAUGUUGUCAUUUUGGCGUCUUUCCUCCCUGUUUUUACCCUUUUAGCCAACCUUUUAUACGCAGCUCGUGCUGCCGAUGUUGUCAUUUUGGCGUCUUUCCUCCCUGUUUUUACCCUUUUAGCCAACCCUUUAUACGCAGCUCGUGCUGCCGAUGUUGUCAUUUUGGCGUCUUUCCUCCCUGUUUUUACCCUUUUAGCCAACCCUUUAUACGCAGCUCGUGCUGCCGAUGUUGUCAUUUUGGCGUCUUUCCUCCCUGUUUUUACCCUUUUAGCCAACCCUUUAUACGCAGCUCGUGCUGCCGAUGUUGUCAUUUUGGCGUCUUUCCUCCCUGUUUUUACCCUUUUAACCAACCUUUUAUACGCAUCUCGUGCUACCAAUGUUGUCAUUUUGGCGUCUUUCCUCCCUGUUUUUACCCUUUUUUCCGCCAAUUUCUUCGGAGUUUUUGACCAGUAUAUUCAGAAGUUUUAUCUUCCGUUUGUUCUCGAUAUUACUCUCCUUGACUCAUCGAGAAUUUGGCUUAUGAAACUUCAAACUCAUGUGUAUUUUAUUUGAUGUUUUGACAUGGACCGCAGCCAGCGUGACAUCGGGCUCUGUUUCGCACUUACGCCAAGUUAGUUUUCCGAAUCUGCUCGUGACUUUUCGUGAAUCAUGCCUCUGGGGUACCUAGCUGUAUUAUAAUUAGGAUAGGUUUUCUUAAGACAAACAGGCUGACUUUGGAGAAACGAGGUCCGCUGAAAUUAGGAUCAUAUUUUUAAAAGCCCGUUUUCCCCCUAUACAUUCGGUUAUUGAUUUCCUUGGCUUAAUAUAUCUGUAUGUAACUGUAAAUCAAUGUUGAAUCUUGAGAACCAGAAUAGUAAGGAAAUCAGUAUUAUGAGACUUAAAUGUCAAGUGGGAGUUAAUUUUGUUUCCUCUGGUGAGGAAUUUACAAUGUUAAAUUUUACAGCGGUAAACGAGAAGACCGUUGUCUGAAACGGUUACACUUGAGGAGCGCUUUCUGGAAAAGUGCAACGUGCACGUCCGACUUGUGGAGUAGCUUGGUAAUUUCCCUUCCUUUUUUCCUGAUUCCACAGACGUUAAGUUUUACUAUCGUUAGGUUUAAACUGUGGCAUCCUAUGGUGGGCGCCACGUCCUGCAGGUCCAGAAGCUUUUUCGUCUCGUACCGAUCCAAGACCCGAUGUCGGGGCUAGAGGGGAUCAGAUCAGAAGCCUAGGAGCAGUGACAGCGUUCUUCACUAUCCUGCUCCCAGACACCAAUGAAAAAGGCAGCAGCUGAGAAGCCAUCAACGUAUGAGUAAAUCAAAUCGUACUUGCCACAUUUCUACAGAGUGCUUCAAAGUCUGAGUAUUUUGUUUUCUUCACUUUGGGAUCAGAUUUUGUGUCGCCUGAUACCCGUGUUGCAUUAGUAUUUCGAUAUUUGGUGGGACAACACUUGCUAUUUAACUUAUGGCCAUGCGACCAAUGUUUAAAUACUCCAUUUUUCUAGUCGAGCGCCUUUGAUUAUUUUUAUGGCAAACGUUUUUUCGAUGAUACUCUGCAACACUGAAUGUCAAAGAAUGCCAAGGCACACCGAAUACUGGUACACCAACACUUUAUAAAUCACUCUCUUUCAUUUGUUCUAUCUCACGCCUUAUAUUCACACAUUUUUUAAAUUAUUCUAUUCACGUCCUCCAAUAAUCAUUUAGACGCAAUAAUAACACUCUUGACACAAGUCGCGAUGCCAAAAAGUGUACGUACCAUCAAAAGUGCUAAUUUUUUUAACGCGACACUUAUGUAAGGGUCAUUCAACCCUCUAAGUGGUUGCGACCCCGCUGGCCUCAGACAAUUGAUUACAUUUAGGAGCUCAAUGUUGUUUACAGGCAACAAAAAAAACCAAAGGACAGGCGACUUACCGGUUUACAAAAAGUAGUGAUGGAUACAUGAUGUAGAUGCUUUAUUGCAUCAGAUUAUUUUGGGCAUCGAGUCGAAAGCUGGAGCUCAAUCAGAAUUGAUGGAAAUGGUGGAAAUUCAUACAUUGAACCAACUGUCAGUUAUGACGAUAACUGACGUCUUUAAAAGUGUAAAUUAAUACAUAUAUUUUGCAUGAUAAAAUACGAUAUUCAAUUGUGGAUUUCCCCUUUCGCACACAAUUCCUUUCGUCCCUAGUCCCUAGAUGCUGUAACCAUUCAACAAAAACAAUUUUGAUAAAAAAGGGGCCAUUAGUUUAAAGACAAAAAAUACAAAUUCUCCUGACCUUUACUUUGAUUGCGGUGAAUGGAGCUGCUAACACCAUUCAACAUUUUCAAUUAUUGCUCACUACCUCUAAUCAAGGUCUAUGAAUGGCAGAACUCGCUUGAAAUGAUUACAUUGUAAUCUUUUAAACAAUGUUAGGCUUGCUCCGUGUGUAUUUACAAAGUAUGGGUGCAGGGGAGGGAAGGACGGGAAAUAUAAAUAUUAUAAUUAUGUGUUUAAGUUGAUCUUUUUUGACCGGUUGAACAGAUUCUCUGAAGCAUUCAACUGUUCAAGUGAACUUUCGAGAAUGUUUCGAGGCAUCAGUUAUGUUAAAGAAUCGGAUCAAACUGUCGCUCUCCUGUAUGACAUCAACGGUUAUAUUGCUGGCACCCAAUCCAUUGUUCCGAAUAUUGUCGAUAUCCACACAGCCAUUAACAGGGCGCCAUUCGUCAGCUACCCAGAGGGUCACGCGCUAACAGUAUAUUUCGUCAAUCCAGGUUAGUACAACAUAAUUAGAUGGCUGUCAGAAGGGCUAUUGUUUAUUUUGAGUUAGGGUUAGCGACAAGAUUCAGUCUAUGUUAGGGUUAAAGUUAAGUCAAUAAUUAUGUUAAGACUGAAUCAGGUUUAGAUUUAAAAUAUGAAAUAAUAUAUUUGAAUUUUAAAAAAUUAAUUUUCGUAGAGCAAUAAAUCUACAUAUAAAACAGGUUAAAAAUAAAUGUUGCUAUAUUUUAAACGUCGUACAUUAAGUUCAGAAUUUUAAUAAUCUUAAAGUUAUAAUGUUACAAUUUUUAACAUAACUUAGAGCUUAGAAAAUGUUUAAAAAUAAUUCGACAUUUUAAUUUUUCAACAUUCAUUUUCGACCAUCACUGAGAAAUAUAAAAAAUAUUGCUGGAAUGUGAAUAGAUGGAAGCAGAGUUUCUUUCAGUUAUUUCUCGGUGGGGUGGGGGGGCAUUACCCCCCGGGGAAGGCCAAGUGCCCCCCCCCCGAGCAAAAAUAUGUCCAACAAUAAAUCAACUGGCACUGUCCCCGCCCCCCGAAAAAUCUGAUGUCCCGUCCCCCCACCCCCGGGGAAAUUUCUGAAAUAAUCACUGGAUUGAAGGAUGAGUUCGGCUGUGUCCAUUUAGAUUUAAAGUUAAUCAAACACUAACUGAUGUUAGUGGAAGUUGUUCAAUUAUAUUUUUUUUCCCUUAAAUAUGUUUUAAUUACUUAAUAAAUCAUUACGAUCUAUUACAAUAAAACGUUCAUAGUACAUUCAUCCCAUAUAACGAGUUGAUAUGAUUGGAAUAUUUACCCAUUCCAGAAUUUGUGUUGAUAUUGCAUAUUGGUGCCUAAGGGAUUUGCAUAUUCAACGCCAAUUUUAAUGCUGAGAUCGCUAUUCGGCAACCAUCCAAAUAAGUUGCUGCAAUUCCAGAUGAUGCGAUUUCCAGUGCAAAGUUUUUUCGUUACCGUAGGGUUGCCAAAACAAGGGAAUUAGAAACAGUUUGCAUGCUCCCCUUGAAGCAUUUAGGAAAUACCAUCCGCCGAUUUGGCUUGUAAUUGUGUGCAUGAUUUCUUUAUACAAAAUGCGUUGUUCUGAAAACAAUUUCGGGAGAUUUUUAAAUUCUUCUAUAUCAAAGUGAGUUUCCCAUUGCUAAUUACGAUGGAAAAGGUAGCUUUCAGAUCGAUUCAGAGCAGUCAUUCCCAACUGUAAAGUGCUUUGUUAGCGAUUGUCAAGCAUAUGUUCUUAAUCGAAACCAAUGUCUCAUUAUGCGCAUUUGGUUUUUAAUUUAAUGUCCGGAUUUUGAUCCGUUGCAUGCCCAAGAUUUAGGAUGUCUUCACUCAUGUAGGAUGUCUUCACUCAUUUAGGAUGUCUUCACUCAUGUAGGAUGUCUUCACUCAUGUAGGAUGUCUUCACUCAUGUAGGAUGUCUUCACUCAUGUAGGAUGUCUUCACUCAUGUAGGAUGUCUUCACUCAUGUAGGAUGUCUUCACUCAUGUAGGAUGUCUUCACUCAUGUAGGAUGUCUUCACUCAUGUAGGAUGUCUUCACUCAUGUAGGAUGUCUUCACUCAUGUAAGAUGUCUUCACUCAUGUAGGAUGUCUUCACUCAUGUAGUCUUUGUAUUUUUCUCAAGGAUCUUUUGGAUUGGAUGGGAAGCACUUUUUCGAUAUUUUUGCAAACAACGAGCGUAUUUGCUGUGGCUGAUCACAGAGAGCGAAGUGUCCCAAAGUGCAUCGUUUUCCAGAUGUUUUAAUUCUUGGCAAGCUUCAAAAUAAGUGGCACAUACCUCAUCUUUUACUAUUCUCAAUUCUUGGCAGGAUGUUGGUCCACGUACGUUGGGACACUUACAACAGUAAUCGCAAGUAAAAGCAUUCUGAAUUAUUUGAGUGAACUGUGUACAGACGGCCUAAUGCGUCGGUUGAACAUAAUUUGGGGAGUUCUUUAAUGCUAUACCCCGUGUGUGACGUUGAAACCUUUUCGAUGAUGCAUUCCAUAUGUAAUAUGUUGGCACUUCAGAGUAAAGUUGCGUCUUUGCAAACAUGUCAUUCCGACACCAUGAGAAAAAUGCAGUUAACGUUGUUGGCGGAGGUGACACUGUUCUUACACGAGCAUUUUCUGUUGUUAAGUACCCGCGCUGUCACCGUAGAAAAACCUUUAAAUUUAUUCGUUUACAAACCAGAUGGAAAUUUAAAAAAGUUGUAUACAAUAAAAAGCACUUUUUUUAAAAAAUGACUAAAAUACAAGCACUAUCGUUGUUUGAGUGGCACUGCAACGCAUGCCGUGUACUCACUAGUAUAAAUUAUCUUGUUUAUUUUAGUGUAUUGUCUCUUGGCGAAGGAAUAUUAAUCAAACGGUCCUCUUUUUGUCAAUGUUAUUCUAUGGGUCUACUACGUCUAACAAGAUAUGCCAUUUGUGCAACCAGCAUUAUAUUCUUCAAACUUUACACGCAUUUCUUCAUUCUGAUUUUUUGAAAAAGUCUGCUUUUAUUACAAUUUACCAUUCCAUCUUCUUUUGUUUUUAAAGUUCUUUUCCAUUGGUUUGCAGGAAUGGCGAUUUACAUUGGAUAACCCCAUGUGUAAUUAUUUAUAGUAUUUCCCUUUUCUUUUAAUGUUAGAGAUUAAACAACUUUUGAUGAACAACUACUAUAGGAGUCCAUUAUUAUUAUAUUCAUUUAUUUACACUUAAGUUACUGCAAGUUAUUUUCCUAUAUGGGAUAAUCUAAAGUAUACAUUGUGCGCUCACCAUUAGUUUGCAUUAUAAUCUCUAGACUCAAGUAUAGAAUCUUUCAAUGAUUCUGUCGCUAUGAACUAAUCGCAUACAAGCAAAACAAGCUGACUUCUGAGUUUUCUUCUCAUUGCAGCUUAAACAAUUCAUUUACUUUCUUGAAAAUUAUCUCACGUUUAAAGUUGACUGUAAUUAUAAUGCCUAAAAUGCUUCCUCUAAUUGCAAAAUCCCUUUAUAAAAAUUUUGUAUACAACUUCUGGCGUAACAAUUAUUUUAAAAAAUUCGACAGAAAAUUCAUUGACGCUGUUUCCCUUUAAAGCGUGUGUAUCCUUGUUUAGUAAUUAAUAUUGAACCAAGUAGCUUGCCCUUUGACCUUUCUCGGAUUUCUUUUUUUUUUUUUCCCUUUUGGAAAACGAUGCAGACUUUUAGGACAUUCACAUUGAAAGCCUACUCAAUGAUUCUAUUUUUAAAGCAAAGGAUGGGAUCUGGGGGUAUGAUUGACUGUUUAAAAGAGAUUCGUAACAUACUUUCAUUUGCAAAUAAAUCUUGACAACUAACAAAUAGGAAGAAAGAUUUUUUUUAUCUGUAAAGAAAAUCUCUUAAUAUAUUUUUUUUAAAAAAAUCGUUUCUAUACUAAAGAGAUUUGGAAACUUUUCUUUUACAUUUCUUUUCUACUAAAAUAAAUCUUUUAACAGUUUAUGUUUGAGUAGUUUACUCUAUUGUUGCUAAAUUUUGUUCAUCCAAAACUUUAUGUUCACAAGUAUAAGCAUUUAAAAGCAUCCAAUUUGUGAUCUUAGUUUCUUUCCCUGCUCUAAACAAUUCACCAACGACAUUCAAUUUUUUAUUUGAUGUUUUCAAUUCCAGCUAUUAUCUGUACCACUGGCCGCACGGCGGCUGAAUUCAAUGAACAAGGAACUGGCACACGUCUAUAUUUACAGAUCAACCCAUUCCCAGAUGAAAGCGUCAUUCUGCCC